AUGAAACUUUUAAGUAUCGACUUCAACCUUGAAUACAACAACCUGAUUCUUGCCUUCAAUAAUCCCAUUCAGGUCAACGGAACGACAAAACUGGCUUCACCAGGGCUUUACUGGACUUCAGGCUCGGAUUUGAGUUGCGAGGGCAAUUUUGGGUGGUGCGCGGUCAACAAAUUGGUGCAACAAAAGGGGACGCUGUGGGCACCAGGAGAGCCAAACAACGCAGGGAAAUCGGAACAUUGCCUUGCAGUUAAUCUGAACAAAACUUCUGCCUUGCUUUUGGACUUAGAUUGCACACAGAGGAUGAAUUAUAUUUGCGAAGCCAGAAACGUAAAUUUGAACACCACAAACGGAGAGGCAAUUGUCGAAGAAUGCCGAGCACUCUACAAUAUUACUGAAG